GUGAUACGCAUAUCGUGACAACUCACGUGACAUACAAUUCCUGUACACAGCACCCCCCCACUACCCACCGAGCCCAUUGAAAAAAUCCACAAGUCCAACGAAGACGACUAUGUCCAGCUUAAGUAAACUUCUAGUAGUCUUAGGCAGAAGUGUUAGGGACCCCCCGGGAAGAAAUUACUGAAGAGUUAGUGAAGCAGUUAGUGAGACACAACAGUAUGAGUGACGCGGUUGACAUUUCGUACUAUCUUGGAGCUCAAGCUGCGGAGUCUAUUAAUAUAUUGGAUAUUCCAGUAGAUAUUGGACAAAUUGUUUCUCUUAACUUAGUAGAAGAAUUAUCUGAUGAUAUUAGUGAUUUAGUUACAUUUUUACAAACAGAAAAGCAACCAGUAAAAUAUUGGAUUAGUAUAGCUGCAGCUUAUACCAAAUUAGAUCGAUUAAAUGAUUCAUUAAAAUUUAUUGAAAGUGCUAUGCAAUUAGAAUAUUUCACUUUACAAGAUAAAUUAAUAUUUGAAACAUAUUUAGUAUGGUUAUAUUUUAAAUUUGCUAGUCAAGGAAUUGAUCGGGAUAAUUAUUUACUUAAGGCAGAAUCACUUAUAAAUUCUUUAGCACAAAAGAUUAAAAGUGAUAGUUCAACAACUGCAGUUAUUAGUACAUCAAAUUUAUUAGCUCAAGCAAUAUUAUUACAAUUUCAUGGAAGAGAAGAUGAUGCAUUAGAUAUUUUUGAAAGAAUUCUUAAAAUUGAUCAAAAUAAUUGUUUUGCAUUAUUAGGUAAAGCCCAAGUUUUACUUACAAAAUCAAGAAAUUAUUCUCAAGCUUUAAAGAUAUAUCAACAAGUAUUAAUUUUAAAUCCAUUAAUGAAACCAGAUCCUAGAUUAGGAAUUGGUUUAUGUUUUUAUGUAUUAAAAGAUGAAUCUAUGGCCAUUCAAUCUUGGGAAAGAGCCUUGGAAAUUGAUUCAAAUAAUGUAAAGGCUAAAAUUUUAUUAAAUUUAGCUAAAUUUCAUAAAAGUUUUAAUAAUUCUUUAAAUGAUGAAGAAUUUUUAGAAAAUUAUAAAUCAUGUUUACAAGAAUUAUCAUCUAAUUAUAAACAAGUACCUAAUGAUUCAGUAUUAUUAUUAGUAUAUGCAUCAUUUUAUUUCUCAAAGGGGAAAUAUAAUUUAGUUGAACAAGCUAUUAAAAAGAUUGUUAAAUCACUUACUGGAGAUGAAAAUAUAAGUAAAUUUAAUAAUUUCCAUCGUGGAUCUAAAUAUCAAUCAAAUGUAUUAUCUCAAUGUGCAACUUGGUUAGGUAGAGUUGAAUUUGAAAAAUCUGAUUUUACUCAAGCUUCAAAAUAUUUUCAAGAAGCAAUUAAAUUAAAUGAAACUAAUUUAGUAGCUAAAUUAGGGUUAGGACAAUCUCAAUAUAAUCGAGGAUCUACUGAAGAAGCUAUUAUGACUUAUGAAUCAAUUUUAAGAAGUAAUAUGGAUUGUUUAGAAGUUAAUUAUUCAUUAGGAUUAAUAUAUUCAAGACAAAAAUCAAGAAGAAAAAGAGAACAAGCUAUUCAAACAUUAGAAAGAUAUCUUCGAUUAUCCAAUAAUCGAGGAUUAUCAUCUGUUGGACAAGAUAAACGAUUAGCUACAUUAAAUAAAGAACCAGUUGCAUUAAAUGCUUAUUUAAUUUUAAGUAAAUUAUAUGAAUCAAAAGAUCCAAAUCAAUCAUUAAAUUAUUUACAACGAGCAAUUGAAUCAAGAAAAUUAAUUAAUAAAGAUGUACCAUUAGAAGUAUAUAAUAAUGUUGGAGUAUUUCAAUUUUCAAGACAAAAUUAUAAUGAAGCAAUUGAAAGUUUUGAAACUGCUUUAAAUAAAUUAUCUAAUAGUUCAGAUUUUAAAUCAGCUGAUGGAGAUGUUUUAGUUGAAUUAAAAGAUGAUUUAAAAAUUACACUUUGUUAUAAUUCUGCUAGAUCAAAAGAAAUAAAUGAUCAAUCAAGUGCAAUUGAAGCUUAUGAAAAACUUUUACAAGAAUGUCCUCAUUACUUUUCUGCUAAAAUUAGAAUUUUAUUCUUAAAUUGUAUUUCUAAUGAAGAAAUUAGUAAAGAAGAAAUUAAACAAGAAAUUGAAAAACUUCUUGAAAUUAGUGCUUCAGAUUUAGAAAUUAGAUCAUUUUAUGGAUGGUUUGUUAAAAGUUUUGGUAAGAGAGUUGGAUUAAAACCUGAAGCUGAUACUGCUCAUCAAAAGGAUACUUUAGUUAAAUAUAAUUCUCAUGAUUCUUAUGCAUUAUUAUCAUUAGCCAAUAUAUAUUGUAUAAUGGCAAGAGAUGCAAAAAUUGCUCCAGGUGAUGAUAAAAAGAAAAAAUAUUAUAUAAGAGCUAUUGAAUUAUUUGCAAAAGUAUUAUCAGUUGAUCCAAAAAAUGUUUAUGCAGCUCAAGGUCUUGCCAUUACUUAUAUAGAAAAUAAAGAACCAGCUAAAGGUUUAGAAAUUUUAAGAAAAAUUAGAGAUUCAUUAAAUGAUAUAUCAAUUUAUUUAAAUUUAGGUCAUGCAUUAACUGAAACAAAAGAAUUUGGUAAAGCUAUUGAAAAUUAUGAAAUUGCCUUGGGUAAAUUUACUAAUGGUAAAGAUGGAAGAAUUCUUUCAUUUUUAGGUAGAACAUGGUUUUUAAGAGCUAAUUCAGAAAAGAAUCUUUCAUAUUUUAAAACUGCUUAUGAAUAUACUAAACAAGUUUUAGAAGUUUCUAAUAAUCAAAAGAAUUCUCCAAUAAAAUUCAAUUUAGCAUAUAUUCAAUUUCAAGUAGCAGAAUUUAUAACUAAAUUACCAAUUUCUAAACGUAAAGUUGAAGAUAUUGAAGAUGCUAUAAUUGGAUUAAAAGAAGCUAUUGAUAUUUUAAAUGAAUUAUCAUCUGUUGAUGAAAAAUUCCCUCCUUAUCCAAAGGCUGAUUUAAGAGCAAGAGCUAAUUUAGGUACUACUACAUUAUUAAAUAGAUUAAAUGUUUCACUUGAAGAAACUCAAGAAAAUAUUGCUCAAAUUGAAGAGAAAUUACAAGAGGCAAAGAAGAUCAGACUGGAAGCUGAAGCCAUUAAAUUAAAGGAAGAACAAGAAAGAUUAGAAGAAAUUAAAAAGAGAGAAGAAGAAAUGGCUAAAGAAAGAGCCAUAUUACAAGAACAAGCACAACAAUGGGCUGAAGAAGCUAGACAAAAUAUUAUAGUUAAUGAUGAAGAAGAUGAUAAAUUAUUUAAUGAAGAAUCUGCUGCUCGAUCUGACAAGAAAAAGCGUGGACCUGCUAAGAAUGGUAAGGGUAAAGGAAGUAAAAGAAGAAGUAAAAAGAAGACUAUUAUUGAAGAUAGUGAAGAAGAAGAAGAAGAAGAAGAAGCUUCAGCAACUGAUUCAGACGUUGAACAAAAUGGUAAAAGAAAAUUAGAGGCUGAUGAUGAAGAUGUUGCCCCAAGUUCCAAGAGGAAAAAGAAGGCAUUAUCCAAAGAAUUUAUAGAGGAUAGUGAUGAUGAGUUGGACGAUGAUCUCUUUGAUGAAAAGAAUGAUGAAAGCUCAGAAGAUGCUAAUGUAGAUCCUGAACUAGGUGGUGCUACUAAGUGACCACCUACCUACCUAUUUAAAUCGUAUUUAAUUCGUUUAUUAUACUGUACUUAUUAUUAUUAUAUAUAUAUCUAUAUACUCAUAACUCAUUACUGACUAACUAG